CGUGAUAGGGUGAACGCAACCACUCAACUGGGAACGACCGGGAGAAGGAUUAACCGUGACACCAUUAUGGAGAAGGUCGCCGGAAGCUCCGAACCCCAGGCGGAGCCAGAGGCCGAGGAACCAGAGAAAGUCUAUGGGAAGCCUAGGGAAGAGGAGCCUGCGGACAAGGUUACCGCCGCUAAGAAGAAGUUUAGGUAUCAAAUCCCGAUCUUAACCUUGCAUGAGCUCGACGACACCAUUAGCAAGUUACUAGGAAUCAUGGUUUCGGUGUCUUUUCAGACCAUGCUGCAAGCUAGCCCUAGGGUGCUCAAAGGGCUCAGACAACUGUUGACUCGGAGGCGAGUAGAAAUCGGCGACAACACCGAAUUACCAGAAGGGGAGAGGGAGGAGGAAGCUCCGCAAGAAGUGGCUAACCUUCAGAGGAGUCACGAGGACUUGGAGGAUCUCGAAAAGGCCUUUGCAGAUAUUCGUUUGAGCUUGCCCGACCGAGAGGGCGGCGAAGUCAUGAGAUCGCCACCCGGGACGAAGCUUAGCUUUCAUGCGCUGCCCAUCCCGGAAGGAAGUGUUCGAAAGUACAAGCCGGUAGGGAAGAAAGCAAAACCGGUCUCGAUCCUGCUAGAGACGUCAAAGGAAGAGGUUAUGGAGAAGGAGGAAGAGGUCCUUCGAGUGAUCCGAGAAAGAAGGGCGACGGAGGGACAUCAGAUACCAGAUGAGGUAGCAGACACAAUGAAGAUAGGGAUAGACGGGUUCUUAACGGAAGAAGAAACCCGCCUGAUCAAAAGGACCUGCCAGGAGUUUCACCUGGCAUUUGCCUUAAGUGAUCAUCAGAAGGGACGACUGGAUGCGAAGUUGAUCCCCCCGGUCAGAAUCCACACGGUAGAACAUGAGUGCUGGAAUGACAAGGGGCGAUCCUAUGAAUUUGGGAUAGCACGAGAAGUAACAGACCUCCUCCGAGCAAAGAUGGACUCCUUCGUUGCAGAGCCUACGACAUCACCAUACGCAAAUCGGUGGUUCGUCUUUCGGAAGCCUAACAAGACACUAAGGUGGAUUCAGGACCUGCAGAAGUUGAAUGCGGUAACCAUCCGGGAUGCUGACUCGCUACCUCAGGCUGACUUAUUAGCAGAAUCGCACGCCGGUCAAAGCAUUUACUCCCUGAUAGAUCUGUACUCAGGGUACGACCAGCUUCCAUUGGAUGUUAGGGACAGGUCAUACAUCGCUAUGCACACCCCCGUAGGCCAGCUACAGAUGCAAGGGACACCUAUGGGAUUCACAAACGCAGUGACCGAAGCGCAACGCAGGAUGCUCGCCGUGGCCGGGAACAUGUUCCCAGAAAAAUGUGAACCUUACAUCGAUGACAAUCCGAUCAAAGGCGCGCAGGAGAAGGACGAGACGGAAGUCCAACCAGGGAUCCGACGUUUUGUGUGGGACCACCUGCAGGACAUCAAGGACUCACUCCGACGGUUCCUAGUAUUCAACAUUAUGGCUAGUGGACCGAAGAGUAUUAUAGCAGUACCGGAAGUAACUAUACUAGGAUUUCGUUGCGGUGCUUACGGCAGGAAGCCGGAUCCGACAAAAACCGACAAGAUAUCACAAUGGCCGACACUGUUGCGCACAACAACGGAGGUAAGGGUAUUCCUAGGCGUAGUCGGCUUUUGGAGGAUCUUCAUUAAGAACUUUGCCAAAAUUGCUGAGCCUAUCCGGACUAUGAUCAAGGAAGAAGGAACCAUGGAUUGGAUGGAGGAGCGAGAAGAAGUUGUCCAAAGGCUCAAGGACAUAUUGACAUCUGAGAGAGUCGCCCUGUCCGCGCCUUGUUUUAAUGACGAAGUGGGACGACCCUUCAUCCUAGAGACGGAUGGAGGACCUUUGGUCGUAGGAGGUGUGUUGAUUCAAAGGGAUGAGGGAGGAAAAGAGAGGCCGAUUAGGUUCGAAAGUAGAACCCUGAACUCCGUAGAACGGCGGUACUCGCAAUUCAAGAAGGAAGUCCUAGUCGUCCAUCAUUGCCUUAAGACCUUCCAGGCCUACCUAUUCGGGAGGCGGUUCAUCUUAAGGAUCGAUCCGACGAAUGUCGCAGGGGCUCUAAAGAAUUACAGGCCUAUAGAUCCGACGGUAGGGAGAUGGGUAGGAUUCAUCUGGCAGUUCGAUUACAAGAUCGAACGGAUUGCUGGAAUCCACAACAAGGCAGAUGGGCUGAGUCGGGUUUGCAUCACUCCCGAAGGGAUGGGGGAUGCAGAGCCCAUAGACGCCUUCCUCGAAUACGAAGGAUGGACUCUCGCGGUGGAUAACGAAAUGAUGAGCAAGGGAUGCACAUCGGGAGAACUAUUGAUCCGGACUUUGGAGAAGGGGGCACCUGCCGUAGUAGCAGAACUGGCAGAAGGACCAGUUACCACUCGAGGACGCAGAGAAGAAAAUGACUCAUGGGGAGCGAUAGUAAAACCGAAAGAGGAGCUAAUGACAAUGACGGUUGAGGGAGGCCGGGAGACAGUGAUGAGCUUAGUGGAAUCUUGGGAAAGGAAAGAGUUGCAAUGGGUGGUAAAUCAGAUGCAGGAAAGAAAGGAUGGGGGCAAGGAAGAAGAGGAGUUUUUCUAUGUCCAAUCAUACAAAGGACUCUUUCAGGAGAUCGGGUUGUUGUUGGUAGGAAACAAACAACCUACGGAAGUCAAUAUUAAAGCAAGAGAAGAAGCCGAAAGGUAUAUCCUGGAUGCGCGAGACAACUUGAGUGGGUUCGUGGAGGCAGUCGCCCUCAGGAAAAAGACAGGGAGGAAUGUGGCAGACUCGAUAGAAGACUUCUACUUAAGGCAUCCGUUCGUCAGGAGGUUUAUAGCAGACAAUGGGAUAAAAUUUGUGAACCAAGAAGUAUUGGGGAUGCUUAAGAGACUCUGCGUACCGAUCAAACUCAUCGAGCCGUAUCACCCUGAGGCCAAUGCACCUGUGAAAAGGGGGCACCGAACCUUGAAGAACACGAUUGCAAAGCUCGCAGCAGACCAUCUGGGGAACUGGCCUAGGUAUCUUAAACAGGCUGUCUUUGCAGAGAAUAUGACUCCUAAAAGGACAACAGGAUGUAUCCCGGCAGAGCUUUGGUACGGAAGAGAGAUCGACUUUCUUGUGGAAGCCUUGGUACCUACCUGGAAUAGGUUAGAUGAUGAUCCGCAAAUGACCACUGAAGAGUUAAUCGAGGCAAGAUGUCAACAAAUCCUUAAAAAUGAGGAGGUCAUGGAGGACAUCGCCAACCGGGUGCUGGACAGCAGAAUGAGGGACAAAGCAAGGUGAGACCAG